UAGUCACAGGGUGGUUUAGUAAAUGGGGGGCUCAUUUAGUGCGUCAUAUUUUCACAGUAACACGUAAUGUUGAAGAGGACACUCCCCUGACAAACACCGCAGCCUGCCAGCUCUCAGCGCAGCAUUAGGUGGAGAGGAGAGGACAGAGCAGCACCUGGUGUGGACGCUGGCCGGAUGGUUAAAUCUAACCUACAGACGAUUUUGAAUAGUCAUUGUUUUGUUAGAGAAAAAGAGAGAAACUUAUCCGAGAUGCCUGUUAUUGAGCAAUCCAGUAAUAAACCUGAAAGUGAAAGUAUCUCCAAUCCCAGGAGGUGCUCCCGCUGUUGCAGUAACCCGUGUCCGGGGCCUCUGUGGUGCUCCGAUGCCCCUCUCCCACCCCUGAAGAUCCCAGGUGGGCGAGGGAAUGACCAGCGGGAUCGCAAUCUUUCAGCUAAGCUAUUCUAUUCUGAUGCUCAGUUGCUAGUUCUUGAGGAGCCUCCCCCUGCCAACGGCAGAGUACGGUUCUUGGUCUUUGAGCCCCGUCGCUCUGAAGGCAAGCACUGUGUCUGGAGGGCAGCGCUGAAAGGAGGGAACCUUUAUGUUGAAAUACCUCCUGGAGCUUUGCCCGAGGGCAGCAAAGACAGUUUUGCCCUUCUGCUGGAAUUUGCAGAAGAGCAGCUGCAGGGCGAUCACGUGUUCAUCUGUUUUCACAAGAGCCGUGACGAUAGAGCAUCCCUGCUGCGUACGUUCAGUUUCCUGGGCUUUGAGAUUGUGAGACCGGGUCAUCCCCUCGUCCCCUCCCGACCUGACGCUUUCUUCAUGGCUUACAGCAUCGAGCGAGACUCCUCUGAUGAUGAUUAAAUGACGCUGAGCAGUUACAAAUGUUUGUUGUUCUUAUUUCAAUCCAUACCCACACAGUUAUCAUUUUUUGGAAAUGAAUAUAUUAUCCAAGUUAAGUAUGGUUGAGGUUUCCUGUCAGAAGUUCCUUUUGUGUUUGUUUCACCUUUACCUACCAUGUGCUGUGUUUCAAUGAUAUUUGCACUAGGGUAAGAUGUUAAUAUACCAGGAAUGUAAAGCCCACAUAAUAUCCGGGCAAUGUUUCCUCGCCACUGUAUUACUUUCCAUGAUGUGUAGUGCUGACUUCCUAUUCACCCUGACGAUCAUCUCUACAGUGUAAUAUUUAUGAUCAAUUCAAAUUCAUCUUACUCGUGUACGUAGGUAUGUUUCAUAGUAAUUAUCAUUUGAUUUUCCUGUUUUUAUUGAUUUUUGUAAUGUGUGCAUGAUUUUUAAUUUGUUGCUUUGAUUCACUUGAUAGAAAUCUGCAUGUUGUAACUGUACUAAAUAAAAGUGCUCACCUUAGAGAGUGGAAUCUG